AUGAACGCCUCAUCCGACCAAUCGCACUUUUCGAAUCUUCGUGCUCAGGCUGAAAUCUUAGAUGGGGAAGACGGACUCCGUCAUUUGAGAGACGAAUUUCAAGUCCCCACUAAGGCUGAUAUUAAACGAACAACAUUAGAACAGCCGCAGCAACAUAACCAACAAGAUCGUAACGAUCCCGCCCCAGCCGACGAGACAACCGCAUGUACAUACCUCUGCGGGAAUUCUCUCGGACUGCAACCCAAAAGAACUGCAACUCGCAUCAACCAGUAUCUCCAAACCUGGUCCACUCAGGCCGUCCAGGGGCACUUUAAGCCCUUGGAAGAUUCUCCUCUACCGACAUGGCUCGACGCUGACGCUCGAGCUGCCAAAUCGAUGGCCUCCAUAGUCGGCGCGGAUGAAUCAGAAGUAGCUGUCAUGCAGACCCUGACAGCGAACUUGCAUCUAUUGAUGUCUGCUUUCUACCGUCCGGAUCCAAAGGGGAAGCACAAAAUUAUCCUAGAAAGCAAGGCUUUCCCAAGCGAUCAUUUUGCCGUGCUGAGCCAGAUCCGCCAUCAUGGUCUCUCCCCAAGCACGUCCAUGGUGACCAUAGAGUCGCCCUACUCGGAAGACGCUCUCAUCACCACCUACGACAUCCAGUCCAUCAUCUCGAAACACGCAUCAGACACGGCCUUGAUCCUACUACCCGGCAUCCAGUAUUAUACCGGCCAGCUGUUGGAUAUCCCGACCAUCACCGCGUAUGCGCACAAGCACAACAUCUUCAUCAUCUGGGACCUAGCCCACGCGGUGGGCAACGUUCCCCUUCACCUGCACGACUGGGACGUAGACGCCGCGGCCUGGUGCACGUAUAAGUACCUCAACGGCGGCCCGGGUUGCAUAGGAGGUAUGUUUAUCAACUCUCGCAACAGCUUAGUGACCACGACGAUCGCCGACGAGGAACCCGAGAGGGGAUACGGUAAACGAUUGUCAGGCUGGUGGGGAAACGACAAAGCAACUCGCUUCCGGAUGGAGACCAAGUUCCACCCCGUAAAAGGAGCAGCCGGAUUCCAGCUGAGUAACCCUAGCAUCCUUGACAUCACAAGUCUAAGCGCCUCGCUCGAGGUUUUCGAACUUGCCGGCGGAGUGUCGCCCCUCCGAGAGAAAUCUAAGAGGCUUACGGCGUUUCUCGAGCAGUGCCUCUCCCUCCUAUCGGAAGAUGCCAAACAGCUCUUCAGAAUUAUCACGCCGUCCGACCCGGACCAGCGCGGUGCCCAGCUGAGUCUGCUGCUGGCAGACAAUAUCCUAGACCCGGUGAUGAAGGAGUUAGAGACGAGCGGCGUCAUCGUAGACGAGAGGAAGCCAAACGUAGUUCGCGUCGCUCCCGCUCCCUUGUACAAUUCGUUCGAGGACUGUGUCGCUUUCGCCGAAGCUUUCGAGUUGGCCCUGGUGGCGACACAACAAGACCUAUAA